AAAAUCCUCAAGGCUUAUGAAUUUUGUUUGCAAAAUUAAAUUGGUUAUAUGUCAGUAUAGCCAUCUAAUCUUAUUGAAUGGAUCCAUAAAUGUACACCAUGUCCAAAGACUUCAAUUAUAAACAGUUAUUCCCAUUUUCCACUAUAUAUACCACCUUUCAUAAUCAGGAACUCGGAAUUGGAGAAGAUGGAGAGGACUAAGUUUCUAGUCCAUUACGAGAAGAAUCAGAAUACGAGCUUCUACCUCUGCCGGCACUGCCAAACUCACCUAGCCCUACAUCAAGAAUUGCUUCACAAGUAUGCAGCUAAUAAGCAUGCACUCUUCCAAGAUCUGGUUAAUGUGGGGUUGGGUGCAAACUACCAGAUAGUAAGUGGUCAAACCGGAGCGCCAGUUUCUUGCAUCAACUGUGGCUCAAAUUUGGGAUCCAAAUUUGUGAGGAAAAGUUCUUACAACCUUAAAAUCUACUCCCUAUACAUAUGUUCUUUGGCACUUAUCUUCUUUUUGCAGGUUUCUUUAAGUAUUGAGACAUCUGCUAUCAAGGCUGGAAGAUUCAUGAUAGAUAUGCAAGUCCAUUGCCUCUUACCCUCGCCUCUCAUGAAUCUAAGAGGUCGAUUAUCGUGUUUACGAAGUUUGGUUUGUGUUUGGCAGGACAAAGCUCUUCUUUUGGAAAGGAAAUCAGAUGCUCUGUGCAGAUACAGAGCAACCAGUUCAGGCUGUGUGAAUCUAAGCCAUUUUUAAUCAAGAUUAUGAUCAGAAUCAAGAUUUAUUUAUGAUGCUUCUCUAGUUGAGCAAUUUUAUUACUCAUUUUGUAAUAAUCUGCAAUAACUUUUGGCAUAUAUCAAAUAACCUAAUUUAGCAUCA